CACUCGAGGUUGGAAGGCAUGAUCUUGUUGACUACAAGCCGUCAAUCAAAUCAAGAUGCGGUACGGAGAAGUAACCAAAAGAGACUGGGGUGGAGAUUGGAAAGAAAGAGUCCAUAAUCAGCUUGCAGUACAACUGCAGGAAUCUGGACUUAGAGAUUACAGCCAAAUAUGACAUUGACAUGGAAGAAAGAAUGGAUAUUGAUGAUGAACCUGAAGUACAGCCUCAACAUAAGUUCCACCUGAAAAUAAUUGGAACUGGGUUCAAUAUGGAAUCCUGCUUUGAUUAUUCUGAAAUCAAGGACUAUGUAACAGGAAUUUACAAUUUUCUUGCCAAGUUUGUGAACUCGCAAGUCCUUGUCAUGAAAAUGAUCAGGUGUACGAGUUUUUACCUUCGCAAUAGGGAUAGCAGUGCAGUCAUCCACUUGGUUCCUGAAAAUGAGAAAUUAUGGAUAAGAAAAGUUGAUGAACAUGGAAGGAUGUCAACCUUCAACUACGCGAGUGACCCUGCCUGUGACAUUAUGUCUAAGAAGGAAAUUGAGCACAUCAACCGUUUUGUUGGUUAUCAUCGUGCAGCACCAUGGCUGUUAAGUGUCCUUUGGCUUCUUUCAGAAUUGGCUGUGAAACGUUAUGGGUGUCAAGGCUGAAGACCCAAGAAGUCUAAACAAGACUUAUACUUUUUUUUAAAUUAAAACCCAUUUGUGUCCUUAGAAUUAAAUGCAAAAUAGUUUUGUGCUACUUUUAUGUCAAUCUUCUGGCUGAAACCUAGUGUCUCAGUGCCUAGUAUCAUGAUAUAAUCAGUUAAUCAACAAAGUUCAUGUUGUGAAUUGGCCACAGUGGAUCCAUUAUCAACUCGGUUAUAAUAGUGAUGUUGUAGAUAUGCUUUUGAUGAUUUGUUUUACUUUAAGGAUAAUCUUGGUUGAAAACUAGGAAACAGAGA